AUGACUGGUACUCACGACUCUGGGGCCGAAACGGGGACGGAACACAGCCCAUCCCGAUUUACUGCAGUUAAUGGCAGAGAAACGGUGGCUCCUGUCAAUGCAAAUGGGAAUGAAAAUGGAAAUGGAAAUGGAAAUGGGAAUGGUCCACCUCCCAGUUCCGUCCCCAAUGGAGAACGUGCGCCGACCCAAGAAAAGACCACCUCAGAUCCUAGUCACCGCGAUGACCGGGAUGAUCCUGCCAAUGACCAAGAGAAGUGGUCACAAAGAUCUUCCCCCAGUGGCUCUCACAACAAGAAUAAGAGAAAGAGAUCAGAGUCCCGAGGACGAGAUUCCGUGAACGCCUCCAGGAGUCCGGUGACCCGUCCUGCCGAGAGCAACCAAACCAAUCCGAAUGGCAGCGUGCCAGGAUCGACCUCGGAGAUGGAGCGUGGUAAUCAUUCGGCAACCCCAUCUCACCGGUCCGAGGGCAAUGAUGCGGGCCAGACCUCCGCCAAUAGUCCUUGGUCAGAAUAUGAUUCUCAGCUGAUCACCCAGGCCCAACGGGCCCAGCAAAUGGAUGCAUCGGAUGCCCACCUAGCAGACGCUCUUCAACGCGAGACAGGUCAGGAAAGAUCUAUGACAAAUCGCUCGACCCCGGGCGCUCAGCAGCCAUCCUCUCCUAGUUAUGCACCAGAUCGACAUGGGGCAAUGCAGGUGGCUCCAAAGAGGAAGCGGGUAUUUAGUAACCGAACGAAGACGGGCUGUAUGACCUGCCGUCGCAGAAAAAAGAAAUGCGACGAGCAACAUCCGGCAUGCAACAACUGUCUUCGUGGCGGCUUCCUGUGUGAAGGCUAUUCAUCCCGAAGCACCUGGCAAAAGCCAUCUAGUACAAAAACCCCGAUCCCUUUGCAAUCCAAAGAAGGCUAUUCAGACAUCAAUGGCUUGUAUAUGCAAGAAGUACCCCGACAGCAAGAGCGACAACCCAACUUAGUGGAACAUGUCGACGCGACCAAAAUCAGGCCUCUAGUGGUGGAGGAUAAUGACCGCCCUGUUCAACAAUACAACACCAGCCCAACGCAUACACCAUCCAACCAUGCGUGGUCAAAACAAGCUUGGCCAGGCGCCGGCCCGGGGUCCGGGUCCAAUGCCGGUCUCCCCGCUUAUCCAUCCGAAUCCAUAGCAAAAGUCGUCGAUUACCGGGAAGUCCCACCCAUCCAUGAGCUAUCGCGGGAGGGACGUCCCAAACCUGACUAUCCGGUCAUGUCCUCACUUCGAGACCUCAGUCAUCCAUCUCAUCCUAAAUCCAAUAUGCCCUUGUUCCAAAAUGAGCAGCGAACAUUGCCCGCGGCAACUGUGGACACCCAUAGUCCGCAGGCGCAGGCUCGGAUGGCACUCAGCAUCGAGCAUCAGCUCUCGGGCCGUACCGUCCCGAGCGAUGAGACCGAGAAGGAAAAGAUGAUCAACGGCAAACUCUACCGACCCUUUGACGUCCACCUCGUGGAGGAAAGAGAUCGUUGCCGAGGCGCACUGUGGAAAUUCAACAACGCCUGCAAUCCGCUCACCGGCGUCAGUGUGAAAGAGCAAAACCGCCUGCUGAAGGAGAUCAUCGUACCCCCGGCAUCUUCCAUUGUCAAUCCCCCAGCCGGAAGCAACGCGCCUCGCUCUGCCGGGUCUAUCGGCCAAGGGGCCGUCGUCGAAGCUCCGUUUAGUUGCCAUUAUGGUUAUAAUAUUCAUAUCGGGGAAGAUGUCAUGAUCUCGGAGAAUUGCCUGUUUGUGGAUGACUGUGUUAUCCGCAUCGGUGCCCAUACGUGGAUAGGCCCCAACGUCAAAAUAAUUAGUUCAACCGCUCAUCCCAACAUGCAAGAGCGCAAAGGCUCGCAAAGUCGGUACCAAGGCCGUCAGGUCAUCAUCGAAGAAGAUUGCUAUGUGGGCGCGGGCUGCAUCAUCUACCCCGGAGUUCGUCUUGCUCGUGGGGUUUACGUCGCCCCGGGAGAGAUUGUCAACACGAACAUUGCAGGUUACAUGUUUCAGGGGUCAAAACCCAGCUUUGCUAUGUGA